AAAAACCUCUCAGACUCAAAUCAAAUCUUUCUUUUUUUUCAAAAUUCUAAUUUUUAAACAACGAAACUAAACAAAACAAAAAAAUGGUGCGCCUUCUCUUCCGUCUACUCGGAGAAUCUAAUACUCCGUCGUCCGUGGCGGCCACCUCCACCGUCACGUUGAAUUCCGAUCUCGUCAUCAUCCUCGCUGCUCUCCUCUGCGCCCUGAUCUGUGUUCUCGGUCUAAUCGCUGUUUCUCGAUGCGUCUGGCUCCGUCGUCUCGCCGCCGGUAACAGAUCCUCCUCCGGCGGUUCCGGUCAAUCUCCACCACCGCAGGUAGCAGCGGCGAACAAAGGACUGAAGAAGAAAGUGCUCCAGUCUCUCCCCAAGCUGACUUUCUCGCCGGAAUCACCCUCGUCGGAGAAAUUCGCCGAGUGCGCGAUCUGUCUGACGGAGUUCACCGCCGGCGACGAGCUCCGGGUUUUGCCGCAGUGUGGUCACGGGUUCCACUUGUCUUGCAUUGACACGUGGCUCGGGUCUCACUCGUCUUGCCCUUCUUGCCGUCAGAUCUUGGUGGUUGCCAGGUGUCAUAAGUGUGGCGGUUUGCCCGGUAGCUCUAGCUCCCGACCUGAACCCGAACCCGAAAUUGUGAUCCGAAUUAAGCAAGGCGAAGAUGAUCCUAACUCCUCCUUGCCCUAAAUUUCUUUUUAGUUUCUUCGUGUGUUAGAUAACUCCAUAAUUUAAAGCAGGUCAUUUUUAGUGGACACUGUUUACUCCCUUAAUGUAUAAUGUUUAUUGUAACUUGUAAAUGUUGUAUGAAAUUAAAAUUUUACGAUUUGAAUUUAA